AUGAAGAUAACUGAAGAAAUGCUAGCAAUUCUGCAACACUAUUUCAAAUGGGCAGUAAUUCCUGCAGCUUUGUACUCCAUUUGCAAAUUGUGCUCAUUCCUUCUCCCUGGACCACAUCAUCAUUCAAAGCUGUUGUUCAAGGAUAAAACGGUUCUGAUUACGGGGGCGAGUUCAGGACUUGGGCGUGCCUUUGCAUUCGAGCUAUACAAAAGAGGUGCUAAAGUAAUUCUUACGGCUCGCAGCAUUGAUAAGUUGAAGGACUUAUGCGAAGAGCUGAAGCGUAGUUUCAGCGGGAACCCUUAUGAGCCCGCAUACAGCUAUCUUGACGUUUGCGAACCCAUGGGCGUCGAGUCACUAAGAAACCACGCAAUCGAUGGGAAAACAAUUCAUGUGUUGAUCAACAAUGCAGGACUAUCGAUGCGAGGAGCCAUAGAGAACACACCGAUAAAAAUUUACAAACAGCUCAUGGAUGUGAAUUUCUUCGGGCACGUUGUGGUCACACAGAAGUUGUUGGACGCGAUUCCGGACGACGGUUGCAUUAUUGCUACAAGUAGUAUACAAGGAAAGUUAGCUAUUCCAUAUAGGAGUGCUUACAGUGCAAGUAAACACGCCUUUCAGGCAUUUUUUGAUGCGCUAAGAUGUGAAGCUCGUUCCAAUCUGCACAUUCUCACAGUAUCUGCUGGCUAUCUCAACACAGGUUUCGGUUCACGUGCCCUUGAUGUUCAAGGGCAACCGGUUGGUAAGGAUGAUGAGAACCAAAAAAAAGUUGGUUCAUCUCAAGUAAUUACUCCAUUGUUCGUAAAAAAACAUUUAUUCAUUGAGAUCGGUUCUCUGUGGUUGUAA